GGAGAAAAUGAUCCCUUUGACCAUUUUGUUUUUGUUUUAUCCUUAUCUUGAUUAUCGUAAAAGCAAUUCUUCUUCCAGAACCCUAUUCGAAUUUUUUUUUAUUCAUGAAUUUCAUCUAUCUGUACAAUUGAUAGAUCAUUUUUAAAUUUAUACAUUAAAUUGUUAUUUUAAUAGUACAAGCAAUUAUAAUAAUAUAGGUGGGGGAAAGUUGUUGAUUCCUUUGAUCAUAAUGUCUAAAAAAUAAAAACAAAAAAGGAAGAAACUUUCUUUUAGGAUAAUUUCUCAUUCAUUCAUAAGCAUUUCCAUGUCCUGUUCCCCCCCCCCUCCCCCCACCCCCAGGCAACUGUUACUUUCCUGAUGUAAAGGUUUCUUUUAUUUUUCUUGCUUGCCUUGUCUAAGAGGGCUCUAAAGCUGAAUUUGACUCUCUUUCGUUUGUUGGGUUAUAACAAGAGUUCUCAUUUGUGGAAUUGUCCUCCCUUUCAAGAGUCUUCUUUUACAAUAUAUUCACCUAUGGCUGUUAACAUGGUUCUUUGAGUGUUGGGAGAUUUUUUUUUCUUUGAAUUAUUGUUUCCUUUUCACCUUGCUCAUCUGUGGUUUGACAAAAUUAAGAGGUGGUUCUGACUGUUUUUCAAGCGUGAGUCACUGUUUCUGUGGUGGCUGCAAUGAUUUCUUCUCUGAAGUGCUUACCUCUUUAAUUUUAAGUGGUUUUUUUGCUAAAUAAAGUGUAUUUGCCUCUUGUUGUGGUUCAACUUCUGUAUAUUUGGUGUGGCUACAUACAAAUAACCAAAAGAAAAAGAAAAAAAGCUUCUCUUCAUCAGUGCUCCAUUUUCUCCAUCACUAGUUUCUUUAAUCAGUAUACUAUCUCUUAAUGGGGAUCGAUGCUGCCCAAGUAGUGGAGACUCCAUGCCAUCCCAGUCCCUUUAAGGUGCAUCACGUGAUGUGCACUGAAUUUAGGAAGUUGGUUGAUAGGAUUAUGAGGAUAUUCCCAGAAAUCGAAGCUGCUCGACCUCGAUGCAGUUCGGGAAUAACUGCACUAUGCUCACUCAUCAGUGCAAUUGACAGAGCAAAGUUGCUUCUCCAGUACUGCAGCGAAUCCAGUAAACUCUAUCUGGUAAUAACAACGGAUGUCCUAGUUUCAAGGUUUCAAAAAUCAAAAAACUUGUUGGAACAAGGUUUAUGCCAAAUUCAGAACAUGGUUCCAGUUAUGUUGGCGGUCGAGAUCUCUCAAAUUAUUGAUGAUCUACGAGCUGCAAAUUUUAUCCCUGAUAAAUCUGAAGAAGAGAUCGGGAAGGUUGUAAGAGAAUUGCUCCUGGGGGGAGUUGCAGAGUCGGAUUCAAUGGACUGUGCUGAAAUUAAAGCUCUUCAAACUGCAGCAUCACAACUUCAUUUUACGUCUUCAAAAGACAUCUUAACGGAGAGGAGAUCUAUUAGGAAGUUGCUGGGAAAAGUCAGUGACUCUGACCAACAAAAGAAAUAUAUCUUGAGAUGUCUUUUGUAUCUGCUGAGGAAGUAUUCGAACCUUAUUAUCAAAGAGCAAACAGACGACAAGACUGAUCGGAAUGAAGGAGCGUUUGCAAGUAACAACCCUCGUACUAAUUGUAUGCAUACUCACUCGGUUAAUGCGGAAUCUCAUGUGGAGUAUAAGCAACAUGAUGUUCUUGCUGAUAAGUCAAGUAUUGCUACUCUUCCUGACGAAUUUAAAUGCCCCAUAUCUUCAAGAUUGAUGUAUGAUCCUGUUAUCAUUGCUUCUGGACAAACAUUUGAGAGGAUUUGGAUCCAGAAGUGGCUCGAUGAUGGUAAUGAUACGUGCCCAAAAACCGGAGUGAAACUGGCCCAUCUGUCAUUUACUCCAAAUUCUACCAUGAAGGAUCUAAUAUUAAAAUGGUGUUUGGAGUAUGGGAUCACCAUUCAGGACCCAAGCAGCCAACCUGAUGUGUCUCACUUGUUGGAAACUUCUUCCACUUCCAUAGCUAGUUUUGGCAGUUAUAUAAAUGAUCUGCGCUUUCCAGUGGACAUCAGCAAUAUAUCGCUUGGAUCUUUAGAUGCUAGUUAUACUUCCAGUAAAAAGAAUGGAGAUGGCUUAAGUUUGUUACCAGAGCAGAACAGUGAUGAUCUUUGCCGAUAUCAAUCUCCCAGCAACAAAAGUAAGAUGGAUUUGGAGUCUCUAUCUAGCCUUCUUGAACUUGAUUGGGAAGCACAAUAUAAGAUAGUUGAAGAUAUGAAAAAUCAUUUGGAAUGUGAUGAGCUAGCUUGUUUUUCUCUGUCACUCGAGAACUUCAUCGAGCCUCUCGUUAAGUUUUUGAGCAGCGGUCAUGAUUUACAGGAUGUAAGAGCACAGAGAGCUGGAUUUCAGUUGUUAUCGACCUUUCUUCGCAAAAACAGAAAUGGCAUAAGAUACCUAAAUGAAGAUGUAUAUAGUCUGCUAUCAUUGUUCCUCGACUCUGAAGUAACUCGAGAGGUUCUCGAUUCCAUGGAAGUAUUGUCUUGCCAUAGCAGUUGUAAAUCCAAGAUUGCUGCAUCUGGUGCUCUUGUUUCCCUUUUAAAUAUUCUUGACUUGAAUAUCACAGAUUUCCCAGAACGAGCCAUUAAAACUUUGCGCAAUCUGUCCUCAAGCCCCGAUGUUUGUUCCAAUUUGGAGCGUUUGGAGUGCAUCCCAAAAUUGGCUCCAUUCUUACAAGACACCACUCUCGCAAGGCACUGUAUGGUGGUAUUGCGAAAUUUGUGCAGUAACGAAGCGGCUAGGGCUUCUAUCGCUCAAACUCCUGGAUGCAUUGGUUCUGUUGCUAUAUUACUCGAGACCAACAGUCACGAGGAUCAAGAGCAUGCCUUGGGUAUUCUCUUUUCGUUGUGCUCGCAAUGUGUUGAAUAUUGUCAGUUAGUGAAGGAUGAGAGUGAUAUAUUCCCCGCCCUUUUCGAUGUAUCCGUUAAUGGGAGUGAAAAAGGGAAGGCAAGCGCAGUGGAAUUGCUACGGCUACUAAGAGAUGCCAACUAUGAUGGUGAACGAAAAGAAUGCUUUCAAUCCGACAAUGUUGCACCCGAAGAUGCUAAUGACAAUGCCAAAGACAAGAAGUCUCACAAGGCACUGUUUGGAGUGAAAUUGCCCAUGUUCUCAAAAUCCAUCCCAACAAAAAAGAAGAAAUGAAAUGAAACAUGGAUUUUUCUGCUCUCAAUUGACUUUGGUAUUGACAAAUAUUUUGCCUGGUAGGGGGUUUGCUUACCGGGACGUGUCGCCAAUAUCAUCAUACUGUAGCUAAAGGCGGUUAGUUGGUUAUUGAAUUUGUCUGACUCCGACAUUGAUUUUCAUGAUAUAGUUUCUUAGAUUUGAUCAUAUGUAAGAGGUAUCUGCUGUCGUUGUCUGAUUGUAAGAUUUUUUUUUUAAAUGUAUAUAGUUUUUGGCAA